CUUAGACGCGUCUCGCGCACUCGCGUUUUGGCUUGCGACUACGACCAUCUCCGCGAACCUUCGCCUGUCAUCGAGGACCUUCUAGCGUGAUCCCAGAUAUUCCGCAUGGCUCAGACAUCCGGCGACGCGAAAGUGAGCUUUCAAGCGCUUUUGCUCGCGAACGAGCAGCGCAAUGCGUAUGGACUGCGAUACAAUGACUAUGAACGCUACAGGAACCAUUGCGGGAACCGGACCCAUCGCUUGCGGUCGUCUCUGAAGACGACCCAUGGCAAAGGCCGUGAAUUCAAGAAGCUGCCUCCGCUCAAGCUCGAUGCUGUCAAGGACGGGCACCUGCAGCUAAUAUUCUUCGAGGCUGAGCGAGCAUGGGCUUACUCUCAAGAGCUUAACCUCCAGGCGAAUCAAGCCACCACGGACCCCAAGGGCGCUGCUACCAAAGGGCACGACACAACUGCUUCUGCUCUGCGGCGACACGCUACUUCUCGCUUGCGGCGCGCUGUUCACUGGUCUACUCAGCUGCUCUCUCACUGCCAGACGCUCUACUCUUCGUGCCGCCUAUCUGCAGACGACCUCGUACAGGCCACCGUCUACACUCUCAUCAUCAACGGACGACUCCUGCGCCAUCGCUACGAGUUUGAUGAUGCGCUUGUGCAGCUGAGUGUCGCGCGCAGCUUGUUGGACGAGUUGGCAAGCAAGGCGGCGACGAGCCGCGACCAAGCGCUCGCGACAGCAUUUGCAGACGAAAUUGGCCCGGAAAUUCGUCACUGCGCCCACGAGAUGCGGCGGCCAAACUCUUACGACGUCGACGCGAUCGUAGCGGACGUCGCGCCGAAACACCGGAACCAGCUCGUGGAGGGGUGUGACAAGCUAUUAGCAAGCUUGGGCAAGGAGGCGGAGAGCGCGGCCCAUGGAAGGCACAAGCUCGAAACGCUGAUGUGGGAGGACGAGCCCGUGCCGGUGCGGAACCCUGAGUUGGUGGAUGUGCUGCUGCGCGUACAGGAGGCGGAGAAGCGAUUGAAGGAAGCGGGUAAGCUCGAGGCACAACAGGCCCAACAGGAGGCGGCGGCAGGAGGGAAAAAGCAGGGACGAGCAGGGAAGGGAACCCGCUCUAAGCGUGGCGUCGCCGCGUACGAUGCGAUCCUCUCUACCCUCAGCGAUGCGGAGGAGGUAGCGCGCAAGCUUGUCGAGGCGCAUCAGCUGACUGGGUCGACCUCGGGUGCUGCUCCCGCAGGAACACGCGACAUCGCCUUCGUACACGCGUUCAUCGUCUACCAGCUACUGUCCUACCGCAUUCAGCGCGAUCUCCUGCUCAUCUCCACGCUCCUGCACCAGUCUCAGGCCUCUCAUGCCCCGAAGACUACUGGCACUUCGUCGAAGCCCCGCAAGGAGCGCGUCGACGCGCGACUUUACCCCGCUGUUGUCAAACUUCUCGACACGAUCAUCCAGAGUCUCGAUCAAAUGCGCACGCUCACAAUAGUCGACGAAAGCCCGGAUCUGGCGUCGGCAGUGGAGGCACGACAGGAAUUCUCGAAGACACGAAGGUGCCGCUACCUCGCGCGGUGUUACGCACCCCUCAGGAAGUACGCCGAAGCGCUCACGCUCACCCAGCAUGCGAGCAUACACCUUCGGUCUGCCCGCUCUACGCUGUCGAUCUUGGCUGAUAGUGACAGCGACCCGAUCACAUUCUACCCACUACUGGAGGAGGACGUCGAUAAGCUCGAUCAAGAAGUUGCGGAGGACAGCACAGAGUACAAGCGCGAUUGGUUCGCGUACAAUGGCGGUUCCGUCGACGAGGAGGCACGGAAGACGCACAAGAAGCCGUUGUUCUUUGAUAUCGCGUUGAACUACGUACAACUCGACAUGGACAGACUGCAGGAGCGUGCGGGCAAGGUCGUCGAGAAGGCACCGCAGGCGGCCGCAGCUCCUGUGAUCGAGAAGAAGGUGACGGCACGGGCUAUGGAGGAGGUCGAGAGAGCGUCUACUCCCGAGCCGUCUACGACCUCGAAGGGUGGUCUGGGUGGUUUGCUCGGAGGCUGGUGGGGCAGGAAGUGAACCAAAUUUAUACUGUUUUGGGUACUUAUGAAGUUAUGCAACAAGUUGCUGUCAUCAGCUUGUGCUAAGUAUUGGCAGUUCAAAUGACUGUGAUGGCUAAAAGCAUACAUAUCGUGC